CAUAUGAGUGGUAACAAGUCGCCUUAAUAUCAUUCGUCAGUACUAAGAUGGGCUAAUCUGAAGCAGCACUUUACUCUGGUAUCACCCACGGUGCCAGGAGGAUCAAGAAGUUUGGAAGUGGAAUUUUUCUUUAUAUUUACUUUCCAUUUCACAGAACUCAAUCUAACUUCCUUUUUCUGUAUUUAUUUUUAAUAUGAAAUAACUGGACAUAAAGAUCUCAGGUGGAUUAUCACAGUGCUUCCGGAAGAACUAUCAAACUUGCAAGACACAUAUUUGGAGGGGAGGAGUCACUGCAUUCUUUUUGAAAGGACUGAAGGACCUUCGAUUACACAGGAAAGAUACUUUCAAGUUACAGACUGGUUAUCCUGAUUAAGAAGAUAUGAAAGAAUACACACUCCUCCUCUUCUUGGCUUUGUGCUCUGCCAAAUCUCUCAUUGGUCCCUCAUAUUUUACACUAAAGAAUAUGAUGCUCCAAGAUAUGGAAGAAGAUGACGACGAUGACGAUGACGACAAUUCUCUAUUUCCAACCACUGAACCAAUUAUACCACUAAUUCCUUUUGAUCUGUUCCCAAUAUGUCCCUUUGGAUGCCAGUGCUAUGUGAGAGUUGUCCAUUGCUCUGACCUAGGUUUGACAUCAAUACCUCGAAACAUUCCACCAGAUACUCGUAUGAUUGAUCUUCAAAACAAUAAAAUUAAAGAAGUCAAGGAAAAUGAUCUCCAAGGACUCACAUCACUUUACGCACUGGCUUUGAACAACAAUAAAAUAUCCAAGAUUCAUCCAAAAGCCUUUCAACCAACAAAGAAGCUACGACGACUGUAUUUAUCCCAUAACCAGCUAACUGAGAUUCCAACAAAUUUACCAAAAACUUUAGCAGAGCUCAGAAUUCAUGCUAAUAAGGUUAAGAAAAUCCACAAGGAUGCAUUUAAAGGAAUGACGUCUUUACAUGUUUUAGAAAUGAGUGCAAAUCCUCUUGACAAUGAUGGAAUAGAGCCAGGGGCUUUUGAAGGAGUAAAUAUCUAUCACAUAAGAAUUGCAGAAGCUAAAUUAACUUCAAUUCCUAAAGAAUUGCCCUCCAGUCUACUAGAACUUCACUUAGAUGACAAUAAGAUCACAGCAAUUGAACUUGAAGAUUUUAACCGGUAUAAAGAUCUUCAAAGGCUAGGCCUUGGGAAUAAUAAAAUCAAAGAUGUGGAAAAUGGAAGUUUUGCCAACAUACCAAGUAUACGUGAAAUCCAUCUCGAAAAAAAUAAGCUCAAGAAAGUUCCUCCUGGAUUACCCCAACUGAAAUAUCUGCAGGUAGUCUUCCUUCAUUCUAAUCACAUUGCAAAACUGGGAGUGAAUGAUUUCUGCCCAACAGGAGGAAGAAAGAAGAAAGCAUUAUACAGCGGCAUAAGCCUCUUCAAUAAUCCUGUAAAGUACUGGGAGGUUCAGCCUUCAACUUUCCGUUGCAUUUUAGCCAGAAACAGUGUGCAACUUGGAAAUUUCCUCAACUGAUACCGAAGUUGGUCAUUUCAAAAAGCAACUUGUCCAAAUCAGUUCUACAAUACUUGAAAUUUGCAGGAAAAUGCCAAUUUUACACUAUUUAACCAGUUUACAAAGUAUUUACUAUUUCAGAGACAAUUAAUUAGAAACAAUAUGUUAGUAGGAUCCAUUGUAUUAUUUGACAAUGUUCAACCUACAUUUGAAUAAUUUAAACAAAAGCCUUUAUAUCUUACGGAAGACUCUUGGAAGUGGAACUGGAAACUGUAUUUGAUGUUUCCUAUUAUAGAUGUUAAAUUCUUUAGUUAAAUCACAUAGUUUUGACAUAUUCUUUCUUUCAAAUAAAUUCUAAAAAUCAAGUGGAAGUGUCUUUUUCCACAGUAAGGACCUUUUCCUCUGCCAAAAAGUUUUGUAAUAAAAGUUGCAAAAAAGUUAUCAGACUUCAAGGACAACUUCUUGUGCCAUUUUUGGUAAUCAGCAAAGAUACCAUAAAAAGGUACAGUAUUGUGAGGUCUUUUGUCUCUAAACUAGAACAUAUUUUUAUAAUCUAUUAAGUGAGAUAAAGGCGGGUUUCAUAUCAAGAACACGCAAAAAACCUUUAAAUUUUUUUUUGUUUUUUUCUUGCAACUUUAAGAGGGAAAUGUCCUUCAAUGUUUUGCUAUCAAUAUAAUCGGAUGCACUCUGAACAUUAAAAGGUAGGAUUCAAGACCUAUCAUAUGCUUCAAGCUUAAUAGGAAUGAUUAUUAAACUCCUUUUAGGCCAGCACAAACAUUUUCCUUUAUCUAUAACAACUGUAAACAUAUUUUUCAUUUAAUUUUUUCCUCUUUUAUAUUUUGACAUCACACGGGUUAAGAAUCCCUCGUUAAUGUAAGUACCUUAAAAUUGCUGAAUGCAAGCAGAUAGCUGGAACUCAGCUGCCCUGACUUCUUACGUAGGUCAGCACACAGAAUUCUCAAUACUGACAGUACUGUAUAAAAUGGAUAUUUUAUAUAUCUAUUUAGUGUAUAUUUGCUAUUGGGAAUCAAAAUAAAUUAAAUAAACUUAAAAAA